AAGGACGCCGUCCCGGAGAGAAACCCCAGACAUGAGAGGAAAGCGCCUGGAGCUCAGUCUGGAGGAGAAGCCCGUGAUCCCGUGUGACGUGUGCCAUCGGUGCUUCGCACGAGACCGUCUGGAGACACACAAGAGGGUGUGUGAGAAAAAGCGGCCCCAGCGCAAGAUAUUCGACACGUCACAGUACAGAGUCAAAGGAACAGACCUCGAGGAGUUCAUGAAAACCAACAGCAGGAGCAAAACACCACCUAAGAAGAAUAAUUGGCGGCAGAAACACGAGGCCUUCGUUCAAACCAUGCGUCAGGGUCAAGGAAGUGUGCCGCAGUCAGCCUCAAACCUAAACUCAGAAUAUGUUAGCUGCCCUCACUGUGGCCGCAGAUUUGCCCCAGGGCCAGCACAGAGACACAUCCCAAAGUGCCAGAACAUCAAGAGCAGACCACCACCUCCCAAACAACCGCACAGCAGCAGCAGCAGGAAGAUCACACCGUGA